UGCCAAUUCAUUUCACUCCAAGCAAUAUCUUCUUCUACCAAUACACUUGUUAAUACAGCAAAACUUUUCUUUCUUCAGAUAACAAUAUAUAGUAAAUGAGUAGUGGAGACUGGAUGUGUGCUGCAUGCCAGCAUGUCAACUUCAAGAAACGCGAGUCGUGCCAACGCUGCAGCUGUCCUAAAUAUGCCUCCGAAGCCGACGUAUCUGCAUAUGGGACGAACAGAACAGAAGUCUUGGCCGGAGAUUGGUAUUGUGGCACUUUGAAUUGUGGUUCACACAACUAUGCAAGCCGAACUAGCUGCUAUCGAUGUGGCGCAUCAAGAGAUUAUUGUGGAUAUGGCGCUGGAAUGGUGGCACCUGCUGGUGAUGCAUAUGAUGCCAGUGUGCUUCCCGGAUGGAAAACUGGCGACUGGAUUUGUUCCAGGUAAAACCAUCUGCCCUUCAAUAGCUUAAGCUCUCAGACAAGGUGAUUCAAUAAUAAUUUUGGGAGUAGAAGGGGAGAUGAAUUAUUUGACAUUAGUAUGAAGUGGACUAAGUAUAUUUUCUUUAUCAUAAUUCCAAGAGAUUGUCUAGUAAGUGUACUCACUUAAAAUUGACAUGCAUUUUUCACAAAAUUACACUACAAAGAAAGAGUAUCUACAUGCAAUCAUGGCCAACUUCCAAUGUGUUUUGCAAAUUUUGCAGAACUAAAAGGAUAUUAACAUCAGCACACACUAUAUCUCAAGAGCUCGCGACACGAACACUUGCA